AUGAAUCAUGUUUUCAAGGAUCAACUGGGCAAGAACGUCGAGGUUUACGUAGAUGACAUAGUCGUGAAAUCCAAAGGGAUCGAGGAUCACACAGGGGAUCUGGCAGAAACUUUUGAAAAGCUGAAGGGUUUCAACCUCAAGCUGAACCCGGAAAAGUGUGUCUUUGCAGUCCGGUCUGGGAAAUUUCUAGGGCACCUCAUCUCGGAGAAAGGCAUCGAGGCGAACCCGGAGAAAAUAGAGGCAGUAAUGAACAUGAAAGCCCCAAGCUCGGUAAAAGAAGUGCAAAAGUUGAACGGAAGAGUCACGGCGUUGGGAAGCACACCCCCAGUGCUAGGUAGACCUGAGUCAGGGGAAAUCUUAUACUUGUAUCUCUCGGUGAAUGAUGAGACAACAGCGGCAGUCCUAGUGAAGGAAGAUAAAGUGGCGGCGGAAAAGCUAAGGAGAUAUUUCGAGGCGCACAUCAUCGUAGUACAGACGAACCAACCUCUGAGAAAGGCAUUGCAGAGGCCAGAAAUGUCGGGACGGCUGGUCAGGUGGUCGGUCCAGCUGGGAGGAUAUGACAUCCGGUAUGAACCGAGACCGGCUCUAAAAGCACAAGUGUUGGCUGAUUUCAUAGCCGAGACCACAGCGAGCGACCAACCUGAGGAACCCGAUGAACAACUCUUACAGUGGGUCUUAGAAGUCGAUGGGGCAUCAAAUCUGGAAGGGUCUGGGGCAGGCGUAGUCUUGAAAGGCCCUCACGGAGUUACACUCCGAAGCUCGGUAAGAUUCGAUUUCCCGGCAUCCAACAACGCCGCGGAAUACGAGGCUCUAUUGAUCGGACUGAGAAUGGUAAACGUGGUCAAAGCCGAGCAUGUGACGAUAAGGAGCGAUUCUCAGUUAGUCGUUUGUCAAAUCCUGGGUACUUUCGAAGCUCGGGAUCCAGAAAUGAGAAGAUACGUGGACAGAGUCAAGUUCUUCUUGAACAAGAUUCAGGAGCUCGGAGGAAAAUGGGUGAUAGAGCAAGUUCCUCGUUUGGAAAAUCAAGAGGCUGACGUACUAGCCAAAGCGGCAACAGUGAACGAAAAGAUACCGGGGGUCCAUUUCUCUAUUCAAAAGCAUUCCAGCAUUGACAACCGCGAAACCAUCUUCCUGACUCAGCCUUUGGAAAAUUGGAUGCAAGGCAUAGCCCACUACCUGAUCGACGGAACCCUGCCAGAGAACAGAGACAAAGCAUAUAAAAUCUUGCGACAAGACCCGUACUACGCGUUCCUCGACGGAAUCUUAUACAGGAAAUCUUUCACCCACCCGUGGUCUAGAUGCUUAACAGCGGAGGAAGGGGAGUAUGUUCUGAGAGAAAUACAUGAAGGUAUUUGUGGGGCACACAUAGCUCCCCGCAUGUUGGCAAAGAAAGCAGUGUUACAGGGCUACUACUGGCCCCUAAUGGUCAGGCAGGCAGAGGAGAUAGUAAAGAAAUGUGAAAACUGUCAGAGGCAUCAGAACAUCCGACAUGCUCCCACCACAGAGCAGUGUCCUAUUACCAGUCCUUGGCCAUUUGCAACUUGGGGAAUUGACAUCCUGGGACCUUUCACACCAACCACGGGGCAGAAGAAGUUCUUGAUAGUAGCAGUAGAUCAUUUCACGAAGUGGAUCGAGGUAGAAGCAGUGAGUACCAUCACAGAAGCUCGGAUCAGGGAUUUCUUCUGGAGGCAAAUUGUGUGUCGCUUCGGUAUACCCAGAGCAUUGGUAACCGACAAUGGGAAGCAGUUCAACUGCCGAGCCUUCAAGGAAUUUUGCAACGACUUGCACAUUGACCUGCGUUUCACUUCGGUAGUUCACCCGCAAAGCAAUGGGAUGGCCGAAGUAACCAACCGGACGAUCCUAAAAGGGCUUAAGGCCAGGCUCGGGGAGUUCGAUAAACAGUGGCUGGAAGAGCUACCGAAGGUCAUAUGGGCUUACCGAACCACUCCAAGGGCAGGCACAGGAGACACCCCGUUUUCUUUGACAUAUGGGUGUGAGGCAAUGAUACCUGUGGAAAUCGGGAUGCCAACUCUAAGGGUCCAGUUCUUUGAUGAGGCUAAGAACGAGGAAGAACAGAAACUAUGCCUAGACCUGUUGGAAGAGCGAAGAGAGCAGAAACCACGAAAAACCAAGAAGGUCACACUAACAAAGCCAGCUCGGAAACGGAGCCAAGUUGUUCAUGAAACAUGUUAUCAUAGACAUAGACAAAAAUUUCAAAGAUACAAAACAGGGCAAAAAGUUCAGUCAAAACAACACGGAUAUAACAAAAAAACAUAG